CCUGACCUGGAUCAUCACGAACACAUUUUCUCUCUUCUUCCUUGUCACCGUCGUCGUCGUCGCCUCGUCGCCCUCCCGUGUUCAUAUUAUUUAUCCUGGAUUCUAGUCACUCCUUCUGCCACCACUCUCAUUUAUGCACGCCGACCCAUACCUCACAUCCCGCGCCGAAGAUGACAAGGGCAUCUCCAGCCAGACCAUCAUCAUCAUUGCUGUCUGUGCCUCCGUCGGUGGUCUCGUUCUUCUCGUGGUCUUCGUUCGUACCAUUCGUUCUGCAUGCGCCCGUUCUGCUGCGCAAACUGCUCCGCUGCCUCCAGUACAGCCUCUUGCUCACCACAGAGAACACCAGCUCGCAAAGUUCUACAAGAGCAAUACAAGCAGGCCAAGCACCACGUACGAUCCUUCCAACCUCGCAGCACCUCGUCCAUUUGCUUCGGAUGCUUCUUCCAUUCGAACAAGCAAAGCCUCGCUGCUCGUUCCAGACAGCCCAGGACCAAACAGUCCUUCGCGGCAUGCCAGCUCGCUUAAUGCGUAUGAUGCAGCGGAGGACAUCUCGCUCAACAAUGCCCCCAUGGAGCUGGAUGUCCCAAAUCCUUCCUUCCAGGUCUCCACCCGAGCAAGUUCCAGCACCCUUAGUUCGAGCGAAAACAGCCAUACUCCCCCCGAAACGCCUCCGUCACAGAGCUCUGGCAGUAUUUCACGUUUUCCGCAUCAGCAGACGCGAUCAUUGUCGUCUGCAAAGCCCGCGUCCGCUCGCAGACCCCGCCCGCUUUCACUAGCGUCUUCCACAAACACUGUCCUCUCCAAGUCAAGUAGAACUAACCUACGGACUGGGAUAUCUCAUGGACCUCACAAUGUUCAGAUUGUUUUGCCUGCACCCUUGGCGCCAGAUCUCUAUCCUAACGAUGAGAUCAGCCCAUAUAGACAUGCAGAUGAUGGUGGUUACAGCCGUCUCAGCGUCGUGGAUCAAUGGGCACCAAGAACAUAUCGCUCAGAGGGCUCCUUAAAUGGCGAGAGUCGCCGCUCGUUUGGCACGGAACCUCGACCUUCUACAUCUUCUCAAACCAGCAUUCAUUCACAGUCUCUUCCCUCACGACACCUUCGUAAAGUAAAAUCAAACCUUUCCUCAAAUUCUUUGCACCAUAUAUCAUCAUCUACGCUCACGACGCCUUCACCCUACCAUUCACCGCCCCCAGUGCCAAGGAUACCUUCCAUGUACAACAACGUUAGCGAGGACGACCCAGAAGCUCCACCGUUAAGAGCCCCGCCAAGGGACGUCAAUAUACCCGCCGCAGUUCAUGGAAGGGCUAUAUUUUUACCCGACCCCGACGAAGUGGUAAACCCCCAGCACGAUAUGUUAUCUAAAAAGAAUGCAAAUUUUCGUGGACGGACUUAGUCCCGAUUCCGCCCUUGGAUAAUGUAGCAUCGUUGGAUAACGUAGCAUUCCUUAAAACAAUUAUAUACUCAUAUUCUACAAGUUGUUUACACAAUUACUACCACAUAUUUAUCACA